AAUUUUUCUUAACUCGUUAAAAUGAGUUUGUCACGCUCUCUCCUUAAUCCCGCUCAAUCCCAUCUUUCCCUGGAAUUAUAGAGUACUCCACAAUGUCCACAUAUACGGAUAAAAUUUAUCAAUUUCCGGAAACUAGAAUUCCGUAUUUUUUCUGAUUUGAUAGGAUUAGGCACAGUAAUCAAAUCUCAAGCGCCUAAUCCGCGAAUUAAAUGAGUUGUAACGGUAACUGGACCAGGCGUCGUUUGAGAUAUUCUAAUGGAGUAUUUGCUUUAAACAAAUACUACAUUGAGCAUGUUUUCCAGUAGCUACAAGUGAUUGUCAGGUCAAGUUGGCCAACACGUGAAAGGGAAUAAUUAGUACUCCACUACACUACUACUACUUUCAUGUUCUUUUUUGUUAAAAGGCGAAAAACUCAACUUUUACUAGGAAAAUAGUACCUCGAUAGAUUAAUACAACUAUUAAGCACGUGGCAUUGAAUAUUGAAAACUAUUCUGAAGGUCUGGAAGAAGAUCAAAAAAAACAGUCAAGGAUUUUUUUUUGAUCUUAUAACAGAUUUGAUUUGUCUGGGAGUAUAAUUUUUCACAUACCUGCUAAAAAUGGCUAAAAUUAUUCUUGGGUUUGAAACUUUCACGGGUAAUAUGACUUUCGAAGCAUAUAAAAAAGGUCAGACAGGAGUGGAUAAAUACAAAAAAGGGUCUUCUUCCAAUUAAUCUUCUGCGAGCUUAGCUGUAUUAUCUCAAUCAGUAAGAGAAAUAGUCAAAACAUUACUCAUUACUGUGUGAAAAGAGAAUCAUAAGCUCUUUCUGAACAGCUUCUAUCUUAUCUUGCACCAAGAGAAAGAGUCAAAAUAUUACUCUAUUGUAUACUAACUACUCCUCUACUAAUGAGGUGACCAGAUGACUAUAAAACCUACCAAUUUGUGUCACUGUUUGCGUAACAAAAUUUGUUUAUACCAUUAUUCAUGGUUGCCCGUGGGAACAACGUCUGGCCCCGUUCCGCUAAUAUUUUUAUUUUUCAAGUAUUUAUUUUUUAUUUUACGAGACAAGUCAUUCUCUCACAAUAAACACUUAUUUUAGUUGAUGAAAUACACCCUAAAACACUCUGUUUAAAAAAAAAACUGAUAAAAUAUAGUUUAUGUAUUUUGUUUGACAGUUUCACUAUCAUACCCGAUGUGUACAUUUGUUUGUAUAGGAUGAAACAACAAAACUGUCAAUUUUUGAGAAUUGAUUUUGCUACUUUCCUUUUUGUUAAUGUCAACUCUCAUCCUUUCACAAAAUAAAUCAUCUUAUAUAAACAAAAAUAGGAGCGGCAAAAUCACUCCCCUUCUAUAUAAAAAGGAAACAUACCACUAAUGGGAUUCCAAAGAAAGUACAAAAAAUGCGGCUUGUUCAAUUCACCACUUUAAAUUGGAAGCUUCGUAAAAGGAAAAAGUGUAAUAACUGUUAACCACUCCAUAAUUAAAUAAGGAAGUACUACGUAGGUUAUAGGUAACCUCUCUCACACCAUCUUUUCUCAAUAAUUCCGUAGGUACCGAUGAAGGGUUCAUCUUGGCACGUGACAUCCAUUACGGGUCUCACAAAAAUAAUCUAAAUAGUUAUUAAGUUUAAAAUAAUUUUUUAAUUGGCCUUGAGAAUAAUUAACCCCAUUGGAUAACUAUAAAUUCUUGAACUAAUGUACUCAAUUUUUUAUUCAGAAUUCUACAUUUUGAAUGAAAAAUAAAAAAAAUUAUAAAUAAACAAUUCAAAUUAUUUAUAUAAGACCCGUAACUAGUCUCACUCGCCAAUCUGUGCACAUAGGUGUAAUCUCAUCGGUACCCAUAGUUGAACUGCUCUUUUUUCUUUUCUUUUCUUUAUUUUCCCCAUAUGCAUAAAUUUGGACUUUGACCCCAGCCAGCGGCCAAAGCCUACCGUCCUACGCGUCCCUAUCUAUCCCUUGAAAUGAACACGGCAAAAAGUCUAAACAAACGAAUAUAUAAAUACUUACUACUACCACAGAAAUUAAAAAACAAAAACAAAAAGGGGUAUAACUAAUUGGACCUGUAAUAACUCGUUCCCAUCGUUCUAAAUUCCGGAUUGGAGGAGGAUCAGGAACACAGCUCAACAUCUCCUCCUCCUCCUCUCUCUCUUCCAAUUCUCUCACUAGAAUUCACAGCGAUGCCGUUCUGUUACGUGGGUUCAUACCAGGCCGGAGGAGAUUCAUUAAACAACAAUGGAACCAAGAUUUUUUACAGAACGUACGGCCACGGACCGGUCAAAGUCCUAAUGAUCAUUGGAUUGGCUGGGACCCACGAUUCAUGGCAUCCGCAAAUCAAGGGGCUCACGGGCACCGUCACGCCCAAUGACGAUGACCAAUUUCCGGCUGCCGAUGCGGGAAACAAUGGUGUGGAGGUUUGUGCUUUUGAUAAUCGAGGAGUUGGUCGUAGCUCUGUUCCCACCACAAAAUCAGAAUACACAACAAGAAUCAUGGCAAAAGAUGCAAUAGCACUAAUGGAUCAUUUAAGUUGGAGAAAAGCCCAUGUUUUUGGCCAUUCAAUGGGAGCUAUGAUAGCUUGUAAAUUGGCAGCAUUGGUGCCGGAUAGAGUUCUGUCUUUGGCUCUACUGAAUGUAACUGGUGGAGGUUAUGAAUGUUUUCCUAAGCUUGACCGUCAAACAUUAUCCAUUGCAAUCCGUUUCUGGAGGGCAAAAACUCCUGAGCAGAGGGCUGCUGUCGAUUUAGACACUCAUUACAGCAAGGAAUAUCUUGAGGAAUAUGUUGGACGUAAUACAAGAAGAUCAAUUUUGUUUCAAGAAUAUGUGAAAGGUAUAUCAGCAAGUGGCAUGCAGUCGAAUCAUGGUUUUGAUGGGCAAGCUAACGCAUGCUGGAGACAUGAAAUGUCAACAAAAGAACUUGAAUCAAUCUGCUCUGCAGGAUUUCUGACAUCAGUGAUUCAUGGCAGGAGUGAUAUCAUUGCUCAAUUGUACUAUGCAAGGAGACUUGCUGAGAAGCUGCAGCCUUGUGCUAGAAUGAUAGAACUCCGCGGAGGACAUCUAGUGAGUCAUGAGAGGACCGACGAGGUCAACCAAGCCCUUGCUGAAUUAAUCAACGCAUCAGAGGCAAAUGUAAGCCCAUGUGACUGGGGAACCACACCCAAGAGAAGCCCUGGGUGGGCGAUGACAAGGAUAUCUUUAGGCAGAACUAACUUCGAAGGAGGAAGCAAGCUUUCUAUUGUGGUUGUCGCUGUAGAAAAGAUGCACAUAUUUCUGUUAUACCUCUUGAGCCUUGUUGUGUUGCUGUUUGAGUAUAUACGAAGGGCUUUAAGGAGUCUAAAACCAGUUAAAGUUGGACCUGCCAUUGAGCUAUAAUCGUUUGCUACUGGGGGUCUUUUUAGCAUGUCACCCCAGUGGUGCGACUCUUUGGGGACAUAACCAGUCCUCUAAUAUUAUAACCAAAAGUUAUGUCUUGAGAAUAAUACACAAGGCUGAUACGGGUACUUAUGGAAGGGUAACAUUCGGACGUGGAAGUAGAUAAAAGAGCCAACAGUAAAGCGGAUUCUUCUAUCUGAACUAGAAGGCCAACACAAAGUGGAUGGCUAGCAUGUUUUCUUCUUGCCCUUUAGUUGUAUUUGUAUCAGUACACAAGCGGGGUUUUUUUAUUUAUCAUUGCACAAGCAAAUGUUUGUGCAACUGUGUUGUACUUUCAAUUUUCAAAUAGGUUGUAAUGUUAUACCGCUUGGAUGGCUUCCACCAAAGUUGUAUGCUUUUAUGGACUAUACGGCUCAGGCCUAAGCCAUGAAAGCCCAAUGCGUUGUUUGGGUGGAGGCUUACAAACUUGGGCAUAUGCAAAAGCCUUAUUUGCUUUUUGUGUGAGACAACAAAAAUUGUAAAUACAAAGCACUGAAAAGUCUUUAAAAUUGCAAACAAUAAUACUGCACAUUUUUAUUA